GGCAGCUGUUUCCACCACCAGACUUCCGGUUCCUGUCCUCGGAAUAGGGCCGCAGCCACUAUGGAGGAACCGGAGAUGCAGCUCAAGGGGAAGAAAGUAACAGACAAGUUCACUGAGAGUGUCUACGUCCUGGCCAACGAGCCAUCCGUGGCCCUGUACCGGCUGCAGGAGCACGUGCGCCGCUCUCUGCCUGAGCUGGCCCAGCAUAAGGCUGACAUGCAGCGGUGGGAGGAGCAGAGCCAGGGAGCCAUCUACACAGUGGAGUACGCCUGCAGCGCCGUGAAGAACCUUGUCGACAGCAGCGUCUACUUCCGCAGCGUGGAGGGCCUCCUCAAACAGGCCAUCAGCAUCCGAGACCACAUGAACGCCACAGCCCAGGGCCACAGCCCCGAGGAGCCGCCCCCGUCCUCCUCAGCCUGAUCCCGGAAGAGACUUGGAGGUGCUUUGGCCCCUCUGACUCAGCCUCGCCCAGGAUUUUCCUCAGAUGCCACCUCAUCAGGGCCACCCUGCAGCCCUAAGGGUCUCUCAGACCUCACCUUGACUCACCUCUUGCCCCCAGCCCGACCAAAGCUUGGACCCUUGGACACAGCCUUGUGGGACUUGGCAGGGACAGAAGACCAAGUAAGUGUGGCCGGUGCAUUCCUCUUGCUCUUGCCUGGAGCCUCUGGGCCAGCCACGAAUGUCCUGAGACGGGGCUUUGCUGCCUCUGGAUUCUUACCCGCCCCCACUGGCCAUGGACACGGCCAUGGCCCCUCGGACCGAUAACUGCCACCAUGACAAUCCUGAUCAUGCACCUGCUGUGUGCCCAGAUCUGUGCUGGGGGCUUCACAAGGGUCAGCUUUCAUCCUCAGACAGCCCCAUAAGGCAGAUGUCACCCAAAUGCAGAUGGGAAAAGAGAGGCUCCGAGAGGUGGCAUUAUUUGUGUGAGAUCACAAAGAGAAGAGUAGACCCCGGCCUAGUUUGGUCCCAGCCCUGCCUCUGACAUGCUGUGUGACAUGGGUCUGGCACUGACCCUCCCUGGUGCUACCUUUCUCCAUCUCAACAAGGAAGGCUGGACUGGACCUUCUCUACAGGCUGAGGCAGGCAUUCGUGUACCUGCCUGCCUGGACUGAAUUCUGCCUCGAGCAGAAAUGCCCACCCCAGGCUCAGGCCAUAAGGAGAAGCCACCUUAACUCCAGGGGUGGAUGUGGGACCCUGGCCUGGCUAAUCAGAGCCCCCCAUCUCCCAGGUCACAGUGAUUGGUUUGAGAUGGGCAUGUGAUCCAAUGAGAGGUCUUCCCUGAGGAUUUUGCUGGAAAAGUGCAAAAAGUACCAUCUUCCUUCUGGGGUUGGUGAGCUCGGCAGAUGGACCAGGGGACCUGAGAACAUUGCCUGGGGCCCUGGAUCCACCUGUACCUGACACUAGAAAAUCUCAAUUCUUCAGUUUCA